AUGGCCAGCCGUGGCGGUCAGCAACAGCAACAAGGAGAGGCAGUUGACCUCGCCAGCCUCAGUGCCCAACAGCUCACUGCCGUCAAAAAGCAGCUGGACGGCGAAGUAGAACACCUCUCGACAUCAUACGCACAGCUUGCCGCAGCGCAAGCCAAGUUCAAGGAGUGCCUGCGUGUCGUCAAGUCGGGCUCAUCAUCAUUCGAUAAAGAGAAAUCCAUACUCGUCCCGCUCACAAACUCCCUCUACGUCAAAGGCCAGCUCGCCGACCCCGACCGCGUACUGGUUGACGUUGGGACAGGCUUCUAUGUAGAAAAGGACACCGCAUCCGCCGCCGAGUUCUACGAAGCCAAGGUCAAGGAGUUGGCGGGCAACAUCCAAGGGCUCGAAGGUAUCGUGCAAGCUAAAACGAACAACCUGCGGGUGGUGGAAGAAGUGUUGCGGCAAAAGGUGCUGGUCCAAGGUUCGGGCACGGGUGGGGAGGCAUCAGCACCAGCAUCACGAUGA